UAAAAUUAAACUUGUAUUAUGUAUAUAUUUUUAAAAAUCAAUAAUUAAUUUCAAAGCUUAUUAGUGAAUACAACUUUUUUAUUGUAUUAAAUAUAGUCCAUUAUUCUUAUUUAUGUAUUGGUUUUUAGAUCAUAAACUUUGAUUGAUUACCGAAGUGGUUUAUAUUAUUUUGCCUUACAAGUAUUUUCGAUAAAGAACAUUUUGAAAGCCACUAUGACGGAUGUUCUCCCUGCAGAAGAAGCUAAACAAGAUCGAGUUGUAACAAUACUAAGAGGCUUUCAAAUAAAUUGGAUGAACCUACGUGAUGCUGACACAGGAAAGAUUCUCUGGCAGCAUAAUGAAGACAUGUCAAAUCCAGAAAUGGAGCAUGAAGCUAGGGUACCUAAGCGUAUUCUCAAGUGUAGAGUUGUUUCCCGCGAAAUGAACUUUAGCUCAGUUGAGUCUAUGGACAGAUUCAGGCUGGAACAAAAAGUGCUGUUUAAAGGGCGUUGUUUAGAAGAGUGGUUCUUUGAAUUUGGGUAUGUCAUACCCAAUUCCACCAACACUUGGCAAUCCAUAAUAGAAUCUGCUCCCGAAUCCCAAAUGAUGCCAGCCAUUGUUCUUAAUGGGAAUGUUGUGAUAGAAACAAAAUUCUUUGACGGGGAUCUCCUUAUUACUACCUCCAGAGUGAGAUUAUUUUACGUUUAAUUCGGAACAUAGACUAAGCACACAUCAGCAUUUGUGUAUGCAUUUUACAGGCCUUAUUUACAAAUAAAUAUUUUUACUGCA